AAAAAUCAGGGCGGGGAGUAACAAGAGCCCCACCUAAAAAUGGCUGCAAGCAGCAGUUCAUUGCUGAAGCCAGCCUCCCCAAUAGAUAUCUUCAACCUUCCUCUGUACGAGCACUAUCUCGUUAUUGAUACUCGGCCUCUUGAAGACUAUGAAAGAGGACACAUUGCAACUGCUGUCUCGUACCCUCACGAUACAGCAGCAUCUUCCAGGAGUGAAGAGGAGAGAGAAGCCUCAUUAGUGGCCUUUGCUAGAGACUAUUCAUCUCAAUUUUAUAGACCAGAGAACCCCAACCCUCUAGUCCUGUAUGGGGACAGAGCAGAGAGUGAGCUAAGACACACCCACUGGCUUGCCGAUAAGUUAACCCUCUUGAAAAACCAAAGAUCCCGAGUCUCCGUGUACUCACAUGAAGUUUCAUCAGUCAGAGAGAAAGAGGCAAAGGAAAGUGAAGAGACGUUUGAUCCAUUUGAGGAAUUUUGUCUAACGGUAAUAGAUAAAGUGAAGGAGAUAUGGCUCCUUGAUUGUACGUAUGACUCGUUUGCAUCGGAGUAUCCUUUCCUUUGUGGGCGUGUCAGGUUUGAGGAGAUGUUCCCCCUGCCUCAUCAAAUCACGAAGAACGUCUUCAUGGGAUCAAGGGUUGUACCAAUGUCAAGCCACGCCCUUUCAAAGAUGGGAAUGAGUCAUGUGAUCAUAUCGGAGCAUCAAGAUAUCGAUAUGGAGGAAUUGAAAAAUGUUCAUGUAUUAAAGUGUCCAGUGAAAGACAAAAAUGACGAAAACAUGUUACCAUGCUGGGAAGCUUCGUGCUCUUUCAUUGACAAGGCUGUUUCAGAAAAUGGGCGUGUCCUUGUUUUUGUUCAUGGACGCUCUCGCUCUGCUUCAGUGAUACUAGCGUACCUCAUGAAGACUCUCGAGAUGAACUUUGAGUCGUCUUGGACUCACCUUCGCUCAAAGUGCUGGCACCUCAUCGACAAGAGUUUAGUGUUUGAGGAACAGCUGGUUCAAUGGUACAGGGAGCUACACUGUUUAACACUAACAGAAUAUUAAUAAUGUACAUAACUUAAAAGAAUUACUUAUUUUUUAAUUUCAUUCUGUGUUGCUAUUGAAUGGUAUUUCAAAAAAUACUAUAUUGAUUAAAUGUGAUAUUACACCGUCAACUCCAA